GAUGAAAGCUACUUCAAAUCAGCUGUCAAAUAUGGCCUAGAAAAGCUCAACACCUACUGGGAGAAGUUAGUAAUAGAGCCAACUCCAAGCUUCUAUACUAUUUCCACAGCUCUCCAUCCCAGGUUACGUCUCAAUUGGUUCAAAUCUCACUGGCGUGAUUACCGAGAUUGGCAGCGGAAGGCUGAUAAUUCUUUCCGCACUAUAUUUAAG